UGAGCAAGAAUUUCCUGUUGCGCCCGACUCGACGAUCCUCACUCACUCACGAGUCUGACUUUCGAGCUGUGAUCCCCUGCUCUCGGAUCCACUCACACAUCUGCAAACAUGGCAACCAGAUGGGGAAUCUGCAGCGCCGGCAAGAUCAGUCAUGACUUCAUGGUGGCCAUGAAAACGCUUCCAGCUGAAGACCACCAGGCUGUGGCGGUGGCUGCCCGCAGUUUAGAGGAUGCAAAAAAGUUUGGCAAAACGCACAACAUCCCUCGAACGUACGGCAGCUACGAGGAGCUGGCCAAAGAUCCCAACAUCGAUGUGGUGUAUAUCGGCACUAUCCAGACCAACCACCUGAGCUCCUGUUUGCUUUUCCUUAAUGCCAAGAAGCCUGUCCUGUGUGAGAAAUCCCUGGGCAUGACCACCAAGGAGGUCAAGGAGAUCCUGGCCUGUGCCAAGAAAAACAACGUCUUUUUCAUGGAGGCCAUUUGGGCCCGUUUUUUCCCGGCCUACCGAGAGCUCCGAAGGCUGAUCGCCCAGGGAGAGAUCGGUGACGUGAGGAUGGUCCGGUCCGAGUUUGGCCUGUCCGUGCUGCCUUUGCCGAGAUUGGAGCUCAAGGAACUUGGUGGGGGAGCGCUGCUGGAUAUCGGCAUCUACCCGCUGCAGUUCUCCAUCAUGGUGUACGGCGGAGAGAGGCCAGAGAGCAUCAAAACCGAGGGAGUCAUCCUGGAUACUGGUGUGGACGAGACCUUGGUGGUGACGCUCAAGUUCUCCAAAAACAGGAUGGCCGUGUUCACCAGCUCUUCGGGCUUGCAGCUCUCCAAUGAUGCCAUUGUGGUUGGCACCAAGGGGCUAAUCCGGUACCCAUCACACAUGUGGUGUCCUGAAGUCAUGGUGGUGAAUGGGAAGGAGAAGAAGUACCCUCUCCCGGAGCCUCACUUGCCCCUCAACUUUGUCCAUAGCACGGGGUUGCGCUACGAGGCGGAGGAGGUCCGACAGUGUUUGCUCAAAGGAAUGAAGGAGUGCCCAAUCAUGUCUCACGCAGAUUCGCUGCUGCUGGCUGAAGUCAAAGAAGAAAUUCUUAAACAAGUUGGAGUGGUGUAUGACUGAAUUUUCUUUUUUGUUGUUGUUGACAGCCUUAUUUCGGGAGUGUAAAUGUCUUACUUUCAAUCAAAUUCACCCUUUUAAAGAUUUUUUUUGGGGGGGGGGGGCAAGUUCUUCCGAAAAUAAAGCAAAUGGAAAAAUAGAGUUUAGGAACUUGCCUUUUUAUUGAUGAAAUCCAGUGAAGUGACAACAACUAGUCCAAAAUGUGCAAACUGCAAGUGUGCAAGAGGAAAAACUCUUAACAACACAAGAUGAUGAAAUAUCUUUGAAUUUGACACUUUGAGACGUUUGCAACGAGCGAGCCAAUCAAAUUGUGGGGAAGAACAUAAGAGAGCAGGAAUUUCCUGUUGCGCCCGAUCAGACGAUACACUCACUCAACACUCAAACAUGGCAACCAGGUGGGGAAUCUGCAGCGCCGGCAAGAUAAGUCACGACUUCCUGGUGGCCCUCAAAACGCUUCCAGUCAAAGAUCACCAGCAUGAGCUCCAAUCUAUGUGCACAGAUGUGGUGCACAUCGGCACUAUCCAUACCAACCACCUGAGCUCCAGUUUGCUUUUCCUUCACGCCAAAAAGCCUGUCCUGUGUGUGAAGUUCCUGGGGAUGACAUCCAAGGAGGUCAAGGAGAUCCUGGCCUGUACCAAGAAGAACAACGUCUUCUUCAUGGAGGGCAUUUGGGUCUGAUUCUUCCCAGUCUACCGAGAGCUCCAGAGGCUGCUCGCCCAGGGAGAGAUCGGUGACGUGAGGAUGGUCCGGUUCGAGUAUGGGCUGUCCCUGCUGCCUCUGCUGAGAAUGGAGCUAAAGGAACUUGGCGGAGGAACACUGCUGGAGGUUGGCAUUUAUCUGCUGCAGUUCUCCGUCAUGGUGUACGGUGGAGAGGGGCCACUUGGAGUGGUGUAUAACUGAAUCUUCCUUUUUUGGGGUUUUGGGGGCGAGGGGGAGUUGAAAAAAAGAAUCGUCUUCCGAAAAUAAAACACUUGCAAAAAUAGAGUUUAGGUACUUGCCUAUUUAUUGAUGAAAUCCAGUCAGGUGACAACAACUAGCGACACAUGACCACUUGGCGCUUAUAGCUUGAGUGUAACAAUCAAAAGCUUGUCAGACAAUAGCAACAAAGACAAAAAAAUAAAAAAUCUUGACUUUUGUUACCAAUCAUCAGCUGCAACCAACAUCGCAAGUUCGCAACCCCCUCAAAGUGCCAUUUUAAUUUUUUUGAGACUUCUAAGUGCCAACUUAAACAUGAUCAACUACACGUGAAAGGCUCUAUCUGACAUCUAACUUAAAUACAGUAACCAGCUCCGACAAGGGACACUCCUACUCUUUAGAGUCAGACAAAAUAAGACUGGAA